AUGAACCGCCCAACCAUUUUCUUUGCACUUCCUCUUCUUCUAUUCGUUUUCGUCGACUCGAAGCCUGCUGAGCCGAACGGAUGCGAAUCGUCGUAUGCGAAAUGCGAGAAUGAAUGGGCCGACUUGAAAUUUCGUCUUCGAGAGAUGCGAAAUUUGACGGAUUUUCAAAGAACACCGAAAAAAAUGGCGGUGAUCGGUGAUUAUUGCAAAAUUUACCACAAAUGCAUUAGUGAGAAUGGAUGCGAGGCGUCUAAUCGGGAAAAUAUCGGAACAAAGAAACUCUGUGAAAGUCUUGAUGUUUAUAAGGACCCAUUCAAUCAAUGCCUUGGAGAGUUGUUGGCUGAAAAGGCAGACUCGUGUGGCGGCUAUUUUCUGGCGUAUCGAAACAAGAUGACGAACAGAAAGCGAAUUUUGGUUGCCAGACGGAAUAAAUAUUGCGUUGCGAAGGUCUUGCAAGAUUAUUGCGGUGAAGAUUUGAUGAAAAAGCAUCUAAGCAAGAACAGCCCAUUCCUUUUCGAUUAG